GUAGACCAGAGGACCACAGUCUAUGCAGAAGACUAGAGAGAGAGAAGUUUGAGGCUCUCAACUUCUCAAACGCAAAACAAAGGAGAGACUGAGAAAUGAGAAAGAAAGAGCGCAAGAGAAGAGAGAGAGAGAGAGAGAGAGAGAGAGAGAGAGCGCAGAGCUAGAUGAGUGACACAGAGAUGGAGAGAGAAACAGAGAAACAGCGCAACUGUACUAUGACUCAGAUAAAGUAGCCUUGGAUAUUUGGUCACGUUGAUUCAGUUCUUUGCAGGCGAAACAAUAAUCAACGACAACGACAGCAGCAAAAGGAAGGAGCCCCAUCAUCAUCCUUCGGGGCUUUCCGAAAAAUCUGAAGCUCCAAAAGGGGUUUUGGUUCUUGGAGAGGAGCUUCAGACUUCGAAGGCAAGAAAAAAUAAAAGGGAUUUCGGUGGCUAUUUUGUAACCGAAACUUGAAGCUGCAGAUUUUUGAGAGGGAAAAAAGAAAAGGGGGGGGGGGGGGAGAAAAAACACCAAGAAGAAGAGAAGGGGCAAUUCAUAUUCGUUACUGAAAAAAUAACUACUCGCUAAUUAUUAUCAUUACUCGCUCGCAUAACUGUUUUGUCUGGUUAGUGCUUUCUCUCUCUUGAUGGGGUAAUCUAUUGUUGUGGCUGCGUGUAUAGGAGCUGCUGAGCUUUUGGAUUUUUGUUUCUGUGGGUUUUCCUUUUCUUCUUCUUCUGUUCCCUGCUGCGACGUGCUUUCUCUGUCUGUUGAAUGGCACAUCUGGGGUGUAAUCUCGGGGGCCCGACCAGUUCUCAGCCGGAUACAGGUUUGGCAGAUGACGAUCUGUAUACAGAGUUAUGGAAGCUGUGCGCUGGGCCUCUGGUGGAUGUUCCUCGUUCUGGGGAGAGAGUUUUUUACUUCCCUCAGGGUCACAUGGAACAAUUGCAAGCAUCAACGAAUCAGGAAUUGAACCAACAAAUUCCCCAUUUCAACAUUUCAUCUAAGAUUCUAUGCCGUGUCAUGCACAUUCAGUUAUUGGCGGAACCAGACACUGAUGAAGUUUAUGCUCGGAUUACUUUGCUUCCAGAAUCAGAUCAAACUGAGCCUACCAGUUCUGAUCCUUGUCCACCAGAGACUCGGACUCAGGCCUUUCAUUCAUUUUGCAAAAUACUAACAGCAUCUGAUACUAGCACGCAUGGAGGAUUCUCAGUUCUGCGGAAGCAUGCUAAUGAGUGCUUGCCUCAAUUGGACAUGACUCAAGCAACUCCUACUCAGGAGUUAGCAGCAAAGGAUCUUCAUGGGUUUGAGUGGAAAUUUAAGCAUAUAUUCAGAGGUCAACCAAGGAGACACUUGCUAACAACUGGCUGGAGUACAUUUGUCACUUCCAAAAGAUUGGUAGCUGGAGACGCAUUCGUGUUUUUGAGGGGAGAGAAUGGAGAACUGAGAGUUGGUGUCCGGCGCCUUGCCCGGCAACAGAGUCCAAUGCCUUCAUCUGUGAUAUCAAGCCAGAGCAUGCAUCUUGGAGUGCUUGCCACUGCUUCCCAUGCUGUUGCCACUCGUACCAUGUUUGUAGUUUACUACAAACCAAGGACUAGACAGUAUAUAAUUGGUUUAAACAAAUAUCUCGCGGCAAUCAACAAUAAGUUCUCAGUUGGCAUGCGUUUCAAGAUGAGAUUUGAGGGAGAUGAUUCGCCUGAGAGAAGGUUUUCAGGAACAAUUGUUGGUGUUGGGGAUUUAUCUCCAGAGUGGCAAGACUCAAAGUGGAGGUCGUUGAAGGUACAAUGGGAUGAACCUGCAACAAUCCCAAGGCCAGAGAGGGUUUCUCCUUGGGAGAUAGAACCUUUUGUGGCUUCUGCACCUGUAAAUCUCGUUCAACCAGCCAUAAAGAGCAAGAGGUCUCGGCCUGCCGAUGUUCCAUCUUCUGAAAUGAUUUCCAAUUCGGCUGCUUCAGCAUUCUGGUAUCACGGGUCAUCCCAGUCCCAUGAACUUGCUCCACUAAGCGGCACAGCAGAAGCCCAGAGCAUAAAUGGCAAUGCUAUGAACAACAGUAGCUCCUGCAACUCUAGAGUCCGGAUCGAAGGAACGUGGCCUUCAUCACAUUUGAACAUCUCUCCAAACUGUUUUGCUGACCCCAAAAACAACAAAGCUGUUGCAGUUCAAUCUUCUAUCUCUGGUUGUCCCCCCGUCUCUUCUUGGCCAAAUGAUGCUCCAGCAUAUGAUCAAGUUGAGAACGGAAAGAAAUCUACUGAGAAUCCUGUGGGGUGCCGGCUAUUUGGUGUUAAUUUGACUAACAACUCUAAUAAUGUUGCUCCUCCAGAGAAAGACUCAAGAGUCUGCAUUGCCAGUCCUAGUGGUUCCAAAGAAUCUAAUCCUGUUGUUGCAUGUGAAAAUAAGACAAGUCAGAACCCCAAUUGUUCCGUGUCCAAAAAGGAGCAGAAGAACGAAACGUCUAAUGCAACCCCAAAUGAGAGGCAGGGCAAGCAGGCAUCUUUACCAUCCACAAGGACUCGCACAAAGGUACAAAUGCAAGGAGUGGCUGUUGGUCGUGCUGUUGACUUGACUAUGUUGAAUGGCUACGACAGCCUGAUCGAAGAGCUCGAGAAGUUGUUCGAUAUUAAGGGAGAGCUUCGUGCACAGAACAAAUGGGCGGUUACUUUCACGGACGAUGAGAAUGACAUGAUGCUCGUGGGCGAUGAUCCAUGGCCGGAGUUCUGUAAAAUGGUGAAGAGGAUUAUCAUAUAUCCAAGCGAGGAAGUGAAGAAGACGAAUACACUCUGCCCGGUUCCUCCAUCUUCAUCAGAAGAUGAUGAAACUCUCAUCACGGCGAAUUCACAGAAUAAGGAUGAAAGUCAGUAGAUUUAAUCUCUUUUGACUGUUCAACUUUUUUCUUUUUUUUGGUGGGUGGGGGAAGGGUGUUAGCGUUUGUGUGAGCAACGGGGUUAGGGAAGGUGGUCUUAAGAUAAUUUGGGUUUGUUUAAAUUUAUGGAACUCUUAAGAACAGUGUGGUAGUGCAAGUAUUUAAGUGGACUUCAAUCAGUUCAAUAAUAACAUGAUGUUCACAAGAA